ACUGAAUUACCGGCAGAAGACGCAAACUUACCCUGCCUGAUCUUUCGUGUGUGGGAAUGUACCGGACACUGCGUGGGAAAGUAGGGUCCCACAAGUAUAUUUCGGGAAUGUCUAAAGGUUUGGACCCUCAUCAUAGAACGUAGUUUUGGAUCUGUCGGCUUACGUGUGCUGCUUGGGACAGAUUUGAAUUGUUUUUCCUACCCAGAAUGAAGUGACACUGCAUUAUUCAUUCUCUGGAUCUCUAAAAUCAGGCUCCACAGAGCAUAUACAGAGACUAUCGUCGAUUCUAGAAGACCUUAAGGCGGGGAGGCGUGGGGUGGGGCAGGGAGCAUGGCUGAACCACGCCGAGACAGCACCAGCAGCCUGCAAAGGAAGAAGCCGCCUUGGCUUAAACUGGACAUCCCUACCGCUCAGAUGUCUCUUGAUGAGCCGCCCACCUUUGUCCAGCCUGUGAAGCGGCAGGGUUUCCUGCGCAGCAUCAGCAUGCCGGUGGAGACGUCCCAUCUGCCCUCCCCGCCGCGCGACCUGUUUGACCCCCGCCGUGCUCCCCUGCAACGCCAGUCCUCCAUCACCCAGACCAUCAAGAGCAGUAAGAGGGUGCACUUUGAGCGGAUCCACACGGUGCCCAUCAAGGGGCCCCGCGCGGCGCGGAGGAGCUCGCGCAGCUCCAGGAGGCACCACUCCCUCUCCCGAACCCUCCUCAGGGGCACGGCGGACUGGUUCGGCGUGAGCAAGGAUGGCGACGCCACGCAGAAGUGGCAGCGGAAGAGCCUGCGCCACUGCAGCAUGCGCUACGGGAAGCUCAAGCCGGCGGUGAUCCGUGAGAUGGAGCUGCCCAGCCAGGACAACAUCUCCCUCACCAGCACCGAGACGCCGCCGCCACUCUACGUGCCCUCCUCGCAGCAUGGCAUGCAGAAGAUCGUUGACCCGUUGGCGCGUGGCCGGGCCUUCCGCAUGGUGGAGGAGGUGGACGGCUACAGCGUGCCGCAGACUCCCAUCACCCCCGGCGCCGCCUCGCUUUGCUCCUUCACCAGCUCGCGCUCGGGCUUCGGCCGCCCGCAGCGGCGACGCAAGAGGGAGUCCGUGGCCAAGAUGAGCUUCAGGGCUGCCGCAGCACUGGUCAAGGGUCGUUCACUACGGGAGAGCACGGCAACGACGACGACUUUACGUCGGGCCCAGAGGAGAAGUUUCACUCCAGCCAGCUUCAUUGAGGAGGAUGUGGUGGACUUUACCGAUGAGCUGGACACCUCCUUCUUUGCAAGGGACGCGCUCAUGCACGACGAGAUGUCCACGUUCGCCGACGAGGUAUUCGAGUCGCCGUCGGACGCCACGCUCAAGGACUCGGAUCUGAGCAAACAGCUGGAUGAGUCCGACAUGACGGGCAGCGCGCUUAACAAGAGUGACCUGGAGAGGAGCCAUCUCAUGCUACCUCUGGAGCGCGGCUGGCGUAAGGCCAAAGAGGGAGCUCCGCCGCCACCUCCUAAGGUGCGCUUACGUCAGGAGGUGGUCAGUGUGAACGGUCAGCGUCGGGGCCAGCGCAUCGCCCUGCCCGUCAAGAAGCUCUUUGCCCGCGAGAAGCGACCGUACGGCCUGGGCAUGGUGGGCAAGCUUACCAACCGCACCUAUCGCAAGCGCAUUGACAGCUACGUCAAGAGGCAGAUAGAGGACAUGGAUGACCACAGGCCUUUCUUUACGUACUGGAUCACGUUUGUGCACCUGCUCAUCACUAUCCUGGCUGUGUGCAUAUACGGCAUCGCUCCAGUUGGCUUCUCCCAACACGAGACUGUCGAUUCUGUUUUACGAAAUAAAGGGGUUUAUGAAAAUGUCAAGUUUGUGCAACAGGAAAACUUUUGGAUUGGACCAAGUUCAGAGGCGCUGAUACACCUGGGAGCCAAGUUCUCGCCCUGCAUGCGACGGGACCAAGAGGUGCAUGACUUGAUCGAGGCGAAGCGCGCCAUCGAGCGGAACUCAGCUUGCUGCGUGAGAAACGACCGAUCGGGCUGUGUGCAGACCUCCGAGGAAGAGUGUUCAGUGAGUCACGCCCACACACACACACACAAACACACUGUUUGCUGGCUUUUCUUUUUCUCUCUCUCUCCACAUCUCAACUUUUCUUCUUCUCUCUCUCUCUCUCUCUCUCUCCCUCUCUCUCUCUUUCUCUCUCUCUCUCAGAGCACAUUGGCUGUGUGGGUGAAGUGGCCCAAGCAUCCGAGCACCCCGCAACUGGAAGGGCAGGAUCGGCAGUAUGGCUCAGUCUGCCACCAGGAUCCCAGGAUAUGUAUGGAGCCAGCCUCUGUAGCGCCACACGACUGGCCUGAUGAUAUCACCAAGUGGCCCAUCUGCACCAGGUACAACACGGGUAACCACACCAAUCUGCCUCACAUCGACUGCACCAUUACCGGACGGCCCUGCUGUAUCGGCACUAAAGGGAGGUGUGAAAUCACUUCCCGAGAGUACUGUGACUUUAUGAACGGCUUCUUCCACGAGGAGGCCACCCUCUGCUCUCAAGUGCACUGCAUGGAUGACGUCUGCGGACUGCUGCCGUUCCUGAACCCUGAGAUCCCCGACCAGUUCUACCGGCUGUGGCUCUCGCUCUUCCUGCAUGCCGGGAUACUGCACUGUCUGGUGUCAGUGUGCUUCCAGAUGACCAUCCUGAGGGACCUGGAGAAGCUGGCGGGUUGGCUGCGCAUAUCAAUCAUUUACAUCGUCAGCGGCAUCACAGGCAACCUGGCCAGCGCCAUCUUCCUUCCCUACAGAGCUGAGGUGGGGCCAGCGGGCUCUCAGUUCGGCAUCCUGGCCUGCCUGUUCGUGGAGCUCUUCCAGAGCUGGCAGAUCCUGGAGCAGCCGUGGCGCGCCUUCACCAAGCUCCUGUGCGUGGUGCUCUUCCUCUUCGCCUUCGGCCUGUUGCCGUGGAUCGACAACUUCGCCCACCUGGCCGGCUUCGUCUCGGGCUUCUUCCUCUCCUUCGCCUUCCUCCCGUACAUCAGUUUCGGCCGCAUGGACAUGUACCGCAAGCGCUGCCAGAUCAUUGUCUUCCUGGUGGUGUUUGUGGGCCUGUUCGCCGGCCUUGCGGUGCUCUUCUACGUCCACCCCAUCAAGUGCGAGUGGUGCGAGCUGCUCACCUGCAUUCCCUUCACGGACAAGUUCUGUGAGAAGUAUGACCUCAACGCGCACAUCCACUGAAAGAGGCGUGUGUGUCGGGAGACAGCCACCGGGCUGGGGGGGGGAUUGUGGGGAUAACGUGCCCCAUAGGACGGGACCGUCUAGCUGGAGAGCGAGAUACCACCACCCUCCUCCUCCUGUCCUCCUCCCCCCUGCUGCCAUCACCACUGAUGGGCUGUGCCUGCUCCUGCCUCUCCUCUGUAAACUCUUGACUCUAUAUGCUUGUGUGUCUUUUUUUAUCAGCCAUGUCUUGAAUGCCACUCUCACUGUUGUGAGGACUUUUAUUUUGUUCUAUUUUAUUUUAUAAAAGAAAAAAAAUAGAAUCCCCAAAUAACGUCACUCUUUUUUCUCAGUAACUGAGGGGGGUGUCUCUUUGUCAAUCAUCUGUGAAACAGAAAAGAAAAUCAUAAACCCUGACCUUAUGUUCACAAUCAAUGUAAUGCCUGUAGGAUUGAAGGAUUGAAAAAAAAAUGUAUGUGAGAACUAUCUCUUUAUGUUGUGCUAAGGUUGAAUGGUUUUCAGAAUCAUUUAUCAAAUCUAACUCGCUCACUUGUUCAGGCAACCUCAGAAUCCAGGGAUAAAACACACCUUACAGUUAAAAAAACCUUUGGUGCCUUGUUGAUAAAUGUACCUACUACUGCCAGAUUUUCGUUACAUUUUGAGCACUCAAAUGGUAUCCUUUUAUUUGUUUUAUUGCUUCUGAAGAAGUGAUGAUGGAUUGCAUCGGGGUAGUGUUUUAACUACCCACUUACUCACUUGUAACAAAAUACAGCUGAAUGCAAAACAA